GGUGUGUGUCUGUGUGUGUGGAAGGGGCGUGAGCCUUGCUCCACCGCUGGGGGCGCUGUCCUGAGAGGGCGGCUGGGCGUGAUAAGAGGUUGUGUGGAUCGGACUGUUAACAGCGGUGAAUCGUUGACUUCAAAUUGCUUUAGGGUAGAAUCAGCCCACACUUUGAUUUACCCUGCUUUGGAGAGACGGGACUUCCUCUGUUCCUCGGCUUCUACCACUGAAAAGGAAGGGCAGCAGGAACAGUACUUUUGGCCGGACGUAAUUCCAGCGCUUUCCGUGUAAACGCCCCCCCCCAUCACCCACACCCGUGUUUGGGGUUGUUGCCCCUCCUUGCAUCUUUCUACUCAAGGGGCAGAAACCGGAGGAAAAUAGAUGCGUGUGGUGUUUUCAUUCAUGUGGCAGAAAGUGUCAUAAUUCUAAAAUGGACGUUGGAUCUUCAUUUGACAAAACCAGUCUUUCUUCUGAAACUGUUUUGGUACAAAAUCAUGAAGAGUAUGUAUUGGUUAAUAAACACAAUGAGGAUCAUACUGCAAAAGAUGAGAAAUUCCAGUUGACGAUGUUUCCAAAUGAAGAUGAACAAAUUGAGAAAGCCAUGGAAGAGAUAUUAAGGGAUUCAGAUAAAGUCCAGAAACAUAACGCUUCUGAUUGCGUAGACUUGAGUGGUAAUCGCAGGCAGUCUCUUGAAGAUAUUUCUGUCAGCCAGCCUUCAAUGCAUCUUCUACUAGAUCCUCCUACCACAGAACUUCUGUCACAGAGACCCUGUUCCCCUACUUUACCCUCAGAAGAGGACAGUGUAUCAUUCAACAAACUGACAUACCAUGGCUGUAUGAAGGUUUCUGCUCCUCGCAGUGAAACGGAGGCAUUGUGUGCUAUGGCAGCUUUGAAAAACUCAAGUUGUUCAGCUUUCCCUGUAACUUUGUAUGUUCCAAAUUUUCCAGAUGGUUCCGUUAGAAUAAUAGACCAGUCCAGUAGUACAGAAAUUGUUUCUUUCCCAAUCUACAAAGUAUUGUUUUGUGUCCGUGGACAAAAUGGGACUUCAGAAUGUGAUUGCUUCGCAUUUACUGAGAGCUUCUCUGGCACUGAUGAGUUCCAGAUUCAUGUCUUCUCAUGUGAAAUUAAAGAGGCAGUCAGCCGUAUUUUGUAUAGUUUCUCAACAGCAUUCAAACGUUCCUCCAAACAAGCAUCAGACCAUGUGAAGGAUACUAUCGUUCCAACUCCUGACAGUGAUAUAUUCACUUUCAGUGUUUCUUUGGAGGUCAAAGAAGACGAUGGUAAAGGAAAUUUCAGCCCAGUACCAAAGGACAGAGAGAAAUUUUAUUUCAAGCUAAAGCAAGGCCUUGAGAAGAAGGUUGUGAUCACUGUACAGCAGACAUCCAACAAAGAAUUAGCUAUUGAAAGGUGCUUUGGGAUGCUGCUAAGUCCAGGUCGAAAUGUCAGAAACAGCGACAUGCACUUACUAGAUAUGGAGUCCAUGGGGAAAAGCUCUGAUGGAAAGGCUUACAUUAUUACUGGGAUUUGGAAUCCUACCACACCUACCUUUUUUGUUCUAAAUGAAGAAACUCCUAAGGAUAAGCGUGUAUACAUGACUGUGGCUGUAGAUAUGGUGGUUACAGAAGUGGUAGAGCCAGUUCGCUUUCUGUUGGAGACGCUUGUACGUGUGUAUCCUGCUAAUGAGCGCUUCUGGUACUUCAGCAGAAAGUCUUACACAGAAACGUUCUACAUGAAAUUGAAACAGUGUGAAGGGAAAAGUCACACAAAUGCUGGGGAUGCAAUUUAUGAAGUCUUGAGUCUGCACCGACAUUCAGAGAGAGAGGAAGAACCAGUCAGUCCUCAAGACGAUGAUGCUGAUGAGGGGAGUGAUAAUGAACUCUCAAGUGGCACUGGCGAUGUAUCAAAGGACUGCCCAGAGAAGAUUUUGUAUUCUUGGGGAGAAUUGCUGGGACGCUGGCACAGUAACCUUGGUGUGCGACCAAAAGGCCUGUCUUCACUGGUGAAGAGAGGUGUUCCAGAGGCAUUAAGAGCUGAGGUAUGGCAGUUGCUAGCAGGAUGCCAUGAUAACCAGGCAAUGUUGGAUAUAUACAGAAUUCUCAUCACAAAGGAAUCUGCCCAAGAGAGUGUCAUUACACGAGACAGUCAUCGUACGUUCCCAGCACAUGAAUAUUUUAAAGAUACAGGAGGAGAUGGGCAGGAAUCUCUGUAUAAGAUCUGUAAGGCAUAUUCAGUAUAUGAUGAAGAAAUUGGUUACUGCCAGGGUCAUUCUUUUCUUGCAGCUGUUCUUCUACUCCAUAUGCCUGAAGAACAAGCAUUCUGUGUGCUGGUGAAGAUUAUGUAUGACUAUGGCCUGCGGGACCUCUAUAAAAACAACUUAGAAGACCUUCGCUGCAAAUUUUACCAAUUGGAGAAACUUAUGCAGGAGCAGCUGCCUGAUUUGUAUAACCAUUUCUUGGAAAAAAACCUGGAAGCUCAUAUGUACGCAUCCCAGUGGUUUCUCACACUCUUCACUGCCAAGUUCCCACUCUGCAUGGUCUUCCACAUAAUUGAUUUACUACUUUGUGAGGGUCUGAAUGUAAUAUUUAAUGUAGCACUGGCUCUUCUAAAGACCUCCAAGGAGGAUCUUCUGCAAGCUGAUUUUGAAGGGGCUUUGAAGUUCUUUAGGGUACAGCUGCCCAAGAGAUACAGAGCUGAAGAGAAUGCUAGAAGACUUAUGGAACAGGCCUGCAAUGUAAAGGUACCCACAAAGAAGCUGAAGAAAUAUGAGAAAGAGUAUCAAAUGAUGCGGGAGAAUCAGCUGCAGCAGGAAGACCCUCUAGACAGAUACAAGAAGGAGAACCGCAGGCUUCAGGAAGCCAGCAUGCGACUUGAGCAAGAAAACGAUGACCUUGCCCAUGAACUUGUAACGAGCAAAAUUGCUCUACGAAAUGACUUAGACCAGGCUGAAGACAAAGCAGAUGUUUUGAAUAAAGAACUGCUUCUGACCAAACAGAAACUAGUGGAGACUGAAGAGGAGAAGCAGAAACAACAAGAAGAAACAGCCCAGUUGAAAGAGAUCUUCAGAAAACAACUGGAGAAGGCAGAAUCUGAAAUAAAGAAGACAACUGCAAUUAUUGCAGAAUAUAAGCAAAUUUGUUCCCAGUUGAGUAACAGGCUGGAGAAACAACAGGCAGCCAGUAAAGAGGAACUCGAGGUUGUAAAGGGUAAGGUGAUGGCUUGCAAACAUUGCAGUGAAAUCUUCAGUAAAGAGGGUACACUGAAAGUGCCUGCUAUCCCUAGUGAAAGCCCAGGAACAGACACAGAUGAUGAGAAAGAUGCCCUUAAAAAACAGCUGAGAGAAAUGGAGCUAGACCUGGCACAGACCAAACUACAACUUGUGGAAGCCAAAUGCAAAAUACAGGAGCUAGAACACCAGAGAGGAGCACUUAUGAGUGAAAUCCAAGCGGCCAAAAACUCUUGGUUUAGCAAAACCCUGAACUCUAUCAAAACAGCUACCGGCACACAGCCGCUACCGCAGCCUCAGCUGUCAUCAUCACCCAAAGAGGAGGGCAGCACAUAGUUCUAACUGGGUUCCAACCACAAGAGCACAAUGGACUAAGCAGCUGAGGCUCCUUGAAGAUCCCUCCAGCGCACCUAUUCAAGAGAGGGAAGUGGGGGUGGGUGGGGAGGCAGGAGCGCCAGCCUAGAAACAAAUUCUUUCAGUGUCUUUCAUUUGUUCUGAUGUUGCCCUUUCCAACGGGAAGUUAUUUAAAGAAUCCUGUUUUACGUGAAAUACUCUUUCCUAGCUGCCUUGCUGAAAGUCACAUCCCAAUAUGUUUAUAUUUUACACUUUAUUUUGUAUUGCCUAGAUGUUAAAAUAUGAAUAACUAAUAAUUCAGAACUACAUGUUCCAUAUGUUGCUAAAAAUUAUUCACAAUUGUUUUAUUUUGCAUAAGGGGGAGUUCAAAAGGAGAGAGAAAAGGCACAGUACAGUCAUGAAGAAAAAGCACAUAAAGGUUUACAGCUGUCAUUGGACCCUGCAAAAAUGCACCUGUUUUAAGGCUUGACUCUCAGGCCACAUUGGUCAUAAGUUGGGAUAACAGUAACUUUUAAGAGAGAGAGAGAGAGAAGCUAAAACAGGAAUAUCUCAUGAAAUCAUGUGUCCUUCAGUGUUGCCUUUAAGAAUUUCAUAACUGAUUUCAUGUUGCAACUAUGGCAGAAAACACCCCCUCCCCAAGUUCUCUUUUGCCAAUCAGCAGACUUUGGGCACAAUCUAGUAAAACGUCGUAUAAGAAAUCACAUUUGAAAUGGAUAGAGGCUAGUGGAAGGGAAUUUCCUGGUUGAUUGCACCCUUUGUGCUCUUGCACAGUUCCCAUUAAUGUUAGCAAGGCUUGUGCAGGAGACGUUAUUAGUAAAAUGUGUCCAAAAUGCUUAGAUGGAAGGUGACCUCACCUUUGAUUGGUAGGGCAAAUUUUUCGGAUGAUUCCUAUGUCUGUCUGGAAAUCAUACUUGUUUUAUAUCUUUCUAAAGUGCAAAAAACAAACAAACAUUUCUUACAUUUUUGAAUUGAACAUAAAAUGUUUAUAGAAAUGCUUAUUUCAUGGAGAAUUAAACUAUUGCUUAAAUUGAUGGAAAUAUUUUUUUUAAUAUACGUAAUAUGUAUAAUAAUGUCUCACAGGUCAACAUCACUACUGGAUGAGAAGUUAGUUGUGUAUUGGUUUUCAUGUUAUGAAAAAUGUUCCAAGGACAUUGUACUGUUCUGAUUUUAAUCCAGAUUAAUGCAAUAGCCUAUCAGUCAGUUCUGUACAAUAAAGUUUAAUGACGCUC